GGCAUGCCGGGAGCCCGCACUUCCUCUUCGGGGGCCUCAGAAAACCACAGGGCGCGGGGCCAGGCGGCGGCCCCCGGGGAGCCGGCAGGAUGGCAGAGGGCAAGGCGGGCGGCGCGGCCGGCCUCUUCGCCAAGCAGGUGCAGAAGAAGUUCAGCAGGGCCCAGGAGAAGGUGCUGCAGAAAUUGGGGAAAACUGUAGAAACCAAAGAUGAACGAUUUGAACAAAGCGCUAACAACUUCUACCAACAACAGGCAGAAGGCCACAAGCUAUACAAGGACCUGAAGAAUUUCCUUAGUGCAGUCAAAGUGAUGCAUGAAAGUUCAAAAAGAGUGUCAGAAACCCUACAGGAGAUCUACAGCAACGAGUGGGAUGGUCACGAGGAGCUGAAGGCCAUCGUAGGGAAUAAUGAUCUCCUUUGGGAGGACUAUGAGGAAAAACUGGCCGACCAGGCUGUGAGGACCAUGGAAAACUACGUCGCCCAGUUCAGCGAGAUUAAGGAGAGAAUUGCCAAGCGGGGUCGGAAGCUCGUGGACUAUGAUAGUGCCCGACAUCACCUGGAAGCAGUGCAGAAUGCCAAGAAGAAAGAUGAGGCCAAGACUGCCAAGGCAGAGGAAGAGUUCAACAAAGCCCAGACUGUGUUUGAAGAUCUGAAUCAAGAACUGCUGGAGGAACUGCCCAUUCUUUAUAAUAGUCGUAUUGGCUGCUAUGUGACCAUCUUUCAAAACAUUUCCAACUUGAGGGAUGUCUUCUACAGGGAAAUGAGCAAGCUGAACCACAACCUGUAUGACGUGAUGAGCAAACUGGAGAAGCAACAUUCCAAUAAAGUCUUCGUGGUAAAGGGACUAUCAAGUGGCAGCAGGCGCUCUUUAGUGAUUUCUCCCCCAGUUCGACCAUCUACGGUCUCCAGUCCACUUAACUCACCUACUAGUUCCUCUACCCUUUCCUCGAAGAGUGAGAAUGAAUUUAUCUCAGCAACUGAAGAUCUGGCACCUGAUGCAGCCCAGGGGGAAGGCAAUUCUGAGAUCAAGGAGCUCUUAGAAGAUGAGGAAAUAGAGAAGGAAGGAUCCGAAGCAAGCUCCUCUGAGGAAGAAGAGCCUCUACCAGCCUGCAAUGGCCCCCCCCAGGCCCAGCCCUCUCUUGCCAUUGAAAGUGCCAAGUCCCAGGAGGAAGUUCCCCCCAACUCCCCAACUUCAUCACCAGGCAGAGCCCUGAGCCCUUCAGGGCAGCCUUCAUCAUCUGCCGCAGAAGUCAUCCUUCGAACCCGCACUGCAAGUGAAGGAUCUGAACAACCAAAUAAGAGAGCCUCUACCCAGAGAACCUCAGCACCCCCUUGUAGGCCUCCCCCACCCAGGGCUACUCCAAGCCCCAGGCCCUCUUCAGGGAACAUACCCUCCAGCCCUCCAGCCCCUGGAGAUGGUUCACCCACCAGCUCUAGGGCCUCCCUGGGGAGUGGGACUCCAAGUCCUAGGACCUCCCUAGAGGUCUUUCCUAAUCCAGAACCACCAGAGAAGCCAGUAAGAACUCCUGAGGCCAAAGAAAAUGAAAACAUCCAGAACCCUGAAGAACUUUGCACCUCCCCCGCCUUAAUAACAUCUCAGAUUGCUUCAGAGCCUGGAGAGGCAAAGACGAUGGAAGACAAGGAAAAGGAUAAUAAGCUUGUCUCAGCUGACUCCUCCGAGGGCCAAGACCAGCUUGAAGUCUCCAUGGUACCAAACAAGAGCAACCUCACAGCACCCGAACCUCAAGAAGAGGAUUCUACAAGUGAAAAUGCACAGCUCUGAAGAGAAACUGCCGAGACUCUCCCCACCCACACCUCCCCAGAGAAGCUCUUCAACCAGAGGGUAUAGGUCAGAGGGAUAUAAGAACCAGCAUUCAUCCCUGGGUUCUCAGUAGGAAUGCUGGUGCACUCUAAAGACCUGGCAUUAAUGGAGGUGGGGGAGCAGCCUUAUGGGAGGAAUGGAGAGAGGCAGGCUGGGGAGAAGAGAAUAUUAGACUCAGGGAAUAUUAAAUUCAGGUUUUAGCAUUAUUAGAAUAAGACUUUAAGCCGGGCACGGUGGCUCACGCCUGUAAUCCUAGCACUUU